CCAAUUUUUUUCCACAUGACAUCCUCCUCAAGUUUUUGUCUGUGGUUCCAGUAUGAAGUGGAACUGUUCCAGAACGAGGCAGCCUGUCAGACUCCGCUGGACCGCCAGUAUCACGCAGAAAUCAGGGCUAUCAACAAGGCCAAGGGCCGACGCAAUCAGAGAAUUUUCACAUACACUGAUCACGAUCGAUACACCAACUGUUUCUCACUCCACCAACUGCACAAUGACUUGGUUUCCGCGACCAAAUCAAGUCCCACCUUCCUGGCUGAGAGGAUGGCCAGUGUCAGAAACAGAAGGCAAGAGAGGCGCACCAUGGAUAGUAGCAUCACUAAGUCAAGAAUCAUCAACUGGGAUCCCACAGAUGAGUUUGUCAAGAGCAGUCAUGUGGUAAAUAAUGCCAUGCAGACCAUGCACAUCAUGGGUGACUUGGGCCCACCUGGAAAGUUGGGCCAGAAAGAGAAUGAGUGUUUGCUGGCAACCAUAAAAACCGAUGGUAGUGGAACCAUCAUUGUAAAACCCAACUUCAACAAAGGCAGAGAGCCCUACAGGAUUGUAACGAAUGGCGAGAAGAGAGAAGUGUGGCGCUUAACUUUGGAGAACGCAUCCAGAGUGAUGAAACCAGAGGAGCGAGAGAGAGAGCAGAUCAUGUACAAAGAUUUGUAUAACAGGCACAAAGAGUACCUCAACAGCCUUGUAGGACAGGACUUUGAAAUGCCUCCUGUAGGUGUCCUACGUUACCUGCUGCAUGGAGAGAUAGUGUCGGCUAACGACUUUGAAUACGAUAACUUGUACAUCAACUUCUUCAUGGAAUUGCCAAAUAAUUGGUCCAGUUUACCGUUCCAGUCGAUGUCAGGGGUUACUCAGACCUGCAGGACCAAAUCUUUGGGGAAGGAAAAUGUAGCGUUCUUCAGCUACCCUUUCAGCUUUGAGGCUUUUUACAUGAGUGAAAAAGAAAACGAAGGUCAGUAGCCCUUUAAUUU